AUGUUUGGAGAUAGCCUCUUGUCUGCCAUUCCACAGUAUACAUAUAGUGGUCGACAGGCGUGGUUUUACUAUGGUAUCUUUCCAACACGUAUCGAUGCCAACAUCCUCAUUGAUAUCAUUGUGGCCGAAACCUGGCUCCGGUCAACCGUUCAACGAGAAGAUGCGUUAAACAACAAUAUUAGAGCUGCGAAAAAGCCAACAAGUGUCGAUAACAACGACUUACAACUUGACCAACUCGAAGAGGAGUGGCGGAAAAUAAACAAAAGAGCAUUGCCGUCGACAGCGGACACUUUACGAACGGGAGUGUUUCCUCCCUAUGGGAUCGUUGAGGAAGGGCUACAAUUCCUUGAACAGCAAUCCUGGUUGAUAUCUCCGGGAAGAGCUUGUUGA